CGGAAGCGGUGGCUGCGGCGACGGCGGCGGCUGCUGUCAGAAUUGGAGAGGGGCUGGACCGAGCGGCCAUGGAAGGUCAGCGCUGGCUGCCGCUGGAGGCUAAUCCCGAGGUCACCAACCAGUUUCUCAAACAAUUAGGUCUGCAUCCUAACUGGCAAUUUGUUGAUGUAUAUGGAAUGGAUCCUGAACUCCUUAGCAUGGUUCCAAGACCAGUGUGUGCAGUGUUACUUCUCUUCCCUAUUACAGAAAAGUAUGAAGUCUUCAGAACAGAAGAGGAAGAAAAAAUUAAAUCUCAGGGACAGGAUGUUACCUCAUCAGUAUAUUUCAUGAAGCAAACAAUCAGCAAUGCCUGUGGAACAAUUGGACUGAUCCAUGCUAUUGCUAACAAUAAAGACAAGAUGCACUUUGAAUCGGGUUCAACCUUGAAAAAAUUCCUGGAAGAAUCUGUGUCAAUGAGCCCUGAAGAAAGAGCCAGAUACCUGGAGAACUAUGAUGCUAUUCGAGUUACCCAUGAGUCCAGUGCCCAUGAAGGUCAGACCGAGGCGCCAAGUAUAGAUGAAAAAGUAGAUCUUCAUUUUAUUGCAUUAGUUCAUGUAGAUGGGCAUCUCUAUGAAUUAGAUGGACGGAAACCAUUUCCAAUUAACCAUGGGGAAACUAGUGAUGAAACUUUAUUAGAGGAUGCCAUAGAAGUUUGCAAGAAGUUUAUGGAACGUGACCCUGAUGAACUAAGAUUUAAUGCAAUUGCUCUUUCUGCAGCAUAGCUUGUCAAUAAUGGAAAUGCCAAAUACUUGUAUUAUUUACAACAAAAGUUAAAUUUCUGCUGCCAUACACUAACUCAAGAUUUUUGAUAUUUUCAUUAACCUGACUGAUUAAACUUUAUGUGCAUUAAACUUUGAUUUAAUCUGUGGUUUAUAAUCUUUUUGCUCCAGGUUAAAGCUACAAUUCUUUUCCUUUUCUUUCUUGUGAAAGAUUUAUCUUGUUUGAUGAUUAGGAAUAACUUCCUUGUUCUCUUUAAAUUUAAUGAGCUCAUGUAUUGGGAUACAAGCACAAUUUCCAUCUGCAUAGGAUGCAUAUGUAUUAUAUCACAUAUUUUAAUAUUUAUUUAGCAUACAUUUUUUGGGCAUCUCCUUGUAAUGAGCUGGACACUGUUCUAGGUGCUGGAGUUGCAGCAGUGAACACAGUAGACAAGGUCCAUAAUCAUGGAGUUUAUGUUCUUAUGAGAAGAGACAAACAUAUAAAUGAUAUACAUCAAUGAUCGAUGCUAUGUAGACAAAGCAGGAUUUGUGUUAGAGAGUGACUGAGUUGAUACUUCAGAUUAGAUGUUCUUCUAAAGGUCAGGGAAAGCUUCUGUAAGGUGGCAACUUUGAAAUUGAGAUCUGAAUGACAAAAAAGUAGCCAGUCAUACAUAAAAAGGUGGUGGAGAAGAGCAGAGGGAGUAAUUAAUUCAGAAUCCUUAAGGUGGGAAAAACUCCCUGGGUUGGAGACACAGAGAGAAGGCUGGUAUGGCCACAGCAUAGGAGUAAUGGGGAAAGUAAAAAGAGAUGAGUUCAGAGAAGUAAGAGCUUACUGAUACAGGAAAAAGCAUUUGGAUACAUUGUAGGUGCAGUGGUGAGCCUCUGAGGAUUUUAAGCAGAGGAGUGAUCUGAUUUGACUUAUGAUUUUAAAAGAUUACUCUGGCUAUUCUGUGGGUAACAUAUUUGGUAUGCGCAAGAAUAGAGGUAGACACCCACUCCAUUGGGCUACUAUGAUAAAUACCACAUGGUAUUAUGUUAACCACAUACUGGUUAGCAAGAAUUUAUUGUCUCAUGGUUUUGGAGGCAAGAAGUCUGAAAUCAAGAUGUCAGCAAGGCCAUGCUUUCCGCUGGGGUCAGUAGCAUUCUGACAAUACCAGCCCUCUGUCACAUGGUCAUUUCUGUCUCCUCUCUGGCAUCUUCUGACUUCUGGCUUCUGCUUCUGGCUCCUUAUGUCUGACUGCAUCUGAAUUUCCUCUCCUUAUGAGGCCUCCAGUCACAGGGAUUAAGGUCCAUCCUGAUUCAGUUUGGCCUCAUCCAAAGUAAGAUCUCACAAGUGAGACCAUGCUUUAAUGAUGGCAUCUUCAAAGGUCCUAUUUACAGCUGGUUUCAUACCACAGGGAUGUGGAUUAAGAUUUAAACAUGCCUUUUGCAGGGGACAUGAUUCAAUCCCCGAGAGAUGGUGAUGACUGAGUCAUAAAAGUGGUAGUAAUUUAGAUGGAAGUACGUGAGUGAAUUUGGGUGUGUUUUGAAGAAGGAAGGGCUUCUUAAAGUUUAGGUGGAAAGGCAUGUAUAGAGUUGUGACAAAGCCUAGGGUUGGUAUGAUGGCAGUGUUCUGUUUCUUUUUUGGGGGUGGUUAUACAGCUGUAUACAUUUAUCAAAACUCAUUGAAUUGUACAUUUAAAAUAUGUUCUUCAUGUAUAUACAUUUUACCUCAAACAAUCAAACAGAAAAUCAGGGUUUGGAAUGAGAAACGAGUAUAGAAGUUAGGAGAAAGAACAGUUUGGGCCAUAGUGAAAUUCUAGACCUAUUAUUGGGUGUUGAUAAGUUUAUACAUGAUUCACUGAGUUAGUGUAGAUUCCUCGGGAGAUAAUAUGAAAGAAGUGGUAUUUUAGAAAAAGUAAUACGGCAGUGGCUUACAGAACGGAUUAGAUCUUUGUUAUUCAAAGUGUGGUUGCCUCAGUAUUACCUGGAAGCUUGUUAGGAAUGAAUAAUUUUAGACCCCAUCCCAGACCUGCAAAAUCAGAACCUACUUUUUAAACAAGAUCCCCAGGUGAUUCAUAUGCACACUAAAUUUGGAAAGUGCUGGAUCACAGAAAAGAGACUUAAUGAAGAAGGUAACUUUGGAAGAUAUAUAAAUUUACCACCUUUAUAUGGUGAGAAGGGUCUGGGUGAAGAGACAGAAAUAAUAUGAGAUAAUUCCAUAAACUGUAUGUAGAGAAUGCUUUUGUCAUGCCAUAAUAACAGUGUUAUACUCUUCUGUUACAUUGUUUGCAUUUUGUAUUGAAUAUAUUAUCUUUAAAUUUUAAAUAUUCCUAAGCAAUUUUCUGCCUGUGGCCUUGCUGAAUUUAUUCUCUUCUAUUAUUUCAUAGUAGAUCCCAAAUCAAUACCUAUUACCAAGAACUUACAUAGCUUCUCACAGUUUGCUAUGAGGAAUACAAAUUUAUACUGUAGACUGUUAAUGGGCUUUUGAAAACAAGCAGGUAAAAUUAAACUUUUUUUUUAAAUUACAGAUAUUUUGACUGGGGGAAAUUACAGAACUCAGAGCCUUUUUUUAAAUUCUGUGUAUUAAUAUUUCCUAUUUUUUUUUUAAUGGAGCAACAUUUAACAUUAGCAUUCUUUUGAACACACCUCAGGGAGAUAUUCCCUUGUGGAACAUAACUUGAAAAUUUUCUUGCUUCUUUCUUCUUAGAUAUGUAUCUAGAAUUUUAGUCCUUUCUCCACUUUGUUUAGUCACUUUCUUAAAACGGUGUAGACCCAAUUAAUGUUUAACUGCGUAUGGAAACUUGUAGAGAGACACUAAAGGCUGACUAAUUUGUGAGUCAUUCUGUAUACUGCUGUUAAUGACCAUGAUAUAUCUGGGGGAAAUGGAACUGAAAUGAGAACUGACACUUUAUAUAUCUGCUUGGUGGACUUUUAGGAUUUAACUAAGUAACAUCUUUCACUGAGUGUAAUGGUUUGCUUUAAAUCAUUGAAACAGAGGAGCAUUUAUGAACUCUGUAAGAUUUAACUCCUUAUAUUUUCCAUGUUAAUUGGUGACUAAAACAGAAGUUAUCUGUAUUCUGUUGUGAAUGUCUUUAAUGUUUUAAAACCAUCUUUGUUUAUAAAAAAAAUGUGUAAACGAAUCAGAUUUAAAUUUAUUUUUUCCAUCUUAGAUUAGUAUAAAGUGCUUAUUAGGUGAGCUUUAUAAUUGGGCUGUGUAUAACAUACAAUCUGUUUAUUUCACUUAAUGAAAAUAAUAUAGUUUAAGAGCGAUUAUUGUCUACUACCAUCACUAUAGGCACCUAUAGGCUUCAGAUUCCUACGUUGGUGUUUAUAGGAAGUUGCAAAGAGACAUUUUCAUCACUUUUUUAAAACUUUUCUAUUUACAGAAAUGUGUGUCUUUUAGGGGAAGCUUACAUAUAUAUAUGUAUGUAUAUGCAUGUAUGUGUGUAUAUAUAUAUACACACACACACACAAUCAUAAUUACAUACACAGACACAGACACACACGCACCUUGCAAGGGCAUGUAACUCCAGUUUGAAGUCUCUGUGUAUCGUUUAAAUCUUCAGCUGAAGUUAAAAGUAAAACCACUUUGAAAAGUUUAUAGUCAUUGUGUAAAGUUUUUUAGAGCUAAUCUAAAGGGAUGUGAACACACAUAAAUAAAGUUUAAUACUUAAUAUUUUUUCUUUUAAGAUUCUAUGUUAAGAUUUUAAAAUGAGUUCCCUUGUGCUCUCAACAAAAUUACUGACAAAAGCAGUGUGGAAUAUACUUAUUUUUUCAAAACCAGUGAAUAAGUUUUAUCACUUCCUUUGCUUCUGAUUUCAAAAUCUGUCCUCUUUAAAGUGUAUAUACAUAUACAAUUGUGAUGUAGAUGACAGCCUCAUACAGGGUAUUUAUUUUUUUGGUGCCAGUGGUGCCAGUGGAUCAGACCAAUCCACCAUGCCUUGGUUUUAUAUAUAUUAUUACUUGUUUCUGCUUUUGAAUAAAAGCUAUUCUAAAUC